GAACAAGUUUGGAAAUUCAAGGAAUCACAGUCACGAAUUUCAUUCGUUGGCACGUUUCCCGUUGCAACGAAAGUCUCAAACAACCCUCUCAUCGAUCCAAAGCAACCAUGACUGCGGCUGUAUCAUGGCAGAAAGAGAUGAGCUCUUUCUUCCAAGGCAUAGGAUUGAUAGAGACCAGUAAAUGCUUCACCACCGAACUUUUGGUCUUGUCACGGCACGAGCUGGCACGAUUACCGACGGAGCUGGAGAAACUUGUAGACAAACUGCUGCAAUCACUGGAGCAGCAUGUAGAGGCCAAAGAGACAUCACUAGAUGCCCCGGAAGGUACCAAUGUGCCUGGCUUAUUAUACAAAAAGCGCAAACGUUCGGAAACCGAAACUGAAGAGAAAGUAUUGGAAGAGGAUGCCAAAGACCGUGUGCAUCAGUUCGACAGCGAACAGGUACAGAUCCGUGGCACAAAUGCCGAUGUGAAUCAGCGGAUACAAACGUACAUUCAAGCGAAACAGAACGAGGUGGACGCGAGUAAUCGUACCGAGUUUCUGAAUCGACACGAUCCCAGUGGAGAAGACGUGACGUGCGCGAGAACCGAUGCACGUGAAAUCAAUCGAAAUAUACAGAUGAAGUUUGAUAUUGCCAACAACGAAGACGAGCCACUCGCACGAUCGCUUCUGUCAUCGAACGAACACGUUCGUUAUGGUAAAUCGGAUAAGGCACCCGAAGAAGGCACAGAAGAACGAUUGCGGAAUUUGCAGGAACACUUGAAUAUCAAAUUUGAGCGUGGUGCCACACCGCCUUUCUCUGUCUUUGAACGCAUUAAAAUCCUGGAAGAUAUUCUCGUCGAAAUCGAACGCCAAUAUCCUACGUGGGCUGCAGUUCACUUUAAUCAACCUCAUCGUAAAUUUCCUCCUCCUCCACCGCUCACCCUUAUCACUCGUACCACGUCAUCCACCUCCGAUUCCAUAUCAACAUCAGCAGAGCCCAAACCAUCCGCCAUCAUCGAUAACCCCAGCUACACUGCCACGCAAAUGAUGAGUCCAGCCACCACAUCUCAACCGCGCACGCGUAUCAAUACAACCGGACGCGCCAAUUCAUCUCUAACGCGAGCGGUUAUUGAACAACUGAAUCGACAGCAACAAGUAUCCCUUAGACAAUCAUCUGAAUAAAAAAGGUCCCAUUCAAUUCCAUCC